AUGCGUCUACGACCAGCCUAUCCUGUAGCAUGUGUUCAAUACAACGAGGUCACGCGUCAUGCCUUUGAAGACAUUCACUGCAUUCUGCGACAACAACCGGAUCACCCGUUCUACCGACUGACCCGAACGUAUCGAGAAUGGGAAUUUGUAUGGCAGCAAGAUCCAGAGUCACUACUACUGCAAGAACCGAGUUGGCGCAGUGUCAUUUGGACCAUCGUCUUGAGUGCGCUGAUUGUGAGUGUGGGGAAAUAUUGGAUGCUCGUGCGACGGCCCAUUGUGGGAAUACGGCCGUUGGUGACUGUCUGGAACAUGACUUGGUUUUGUGUGAAUUUGAUGGGAUUCCUGCGGCUGUUGCCACUGGUCGUGCACAAUUUGACGCGGUACAGUCUGUCCCAAAAUGUCUGUGUCCAUGCCGACAGUCUGUGGACCAGUGGCACCACGGGGGUGUGGGCACGUCUGUGGGUGCAUUUCAAACUGUGGGAAGUCUUGGUGGAAUCGGUAUUGGUAGUGCUGCUGAAGCAGCCGUGUGGAAUUCUGCAAUGGUUCAACAAUUAUGCCUAUGUACUGUUACAUGGAAAACAUUUAUUGGCGUCACGAGUUCCGGGAGGUGGAAUUGUCAUUUUGACAUAUUACGGCAUUGUGGCCUUUAUGAACUUGUACUGCUGUUACAUGAACCUCCAUCAAAUUCCACAACCCAAAAAGUCCACCGCGCUGUUGGACUCGAUCUAUUUGCUGCAAACACUCAGUGGAGUCGUACUCGCCAUUACCACCCUUCAUUACUGGAAACAAGCCAUGUGGAAUCACAAACAUUGUCAUGCCAACGAGGAACACAUUCGUAUCAUGGCAUUCGCAUGGACGGGAGGACACGUCCUCAUUGGGGCACUGGCACUCAUCGACAAACAAUGGGCGGCGACCAAUCAAGCAGCCAUUGAGGCGGAGGCGGCACACCGGAGACGACGACGGAGAAAACAACUCCAAGACGCCAAGAAAAACAAUCUACCGGCACCCAAAACCGUCACGUUUGCAGGAGCAGAAGCAGAAGCAGAGCAUGAAAACAACAAACAGGAUGCCACAAAGAAAAAGACGAAACAGCAGCUUGUCAAAGAAAAUGGCAGCAACCACGACAACCACAACAAUACACAGCCGAAUGGCAAUAAUAAGGAGAAUGUGGAGAAUGGCAACCAUAGCGAUAAAGAGAAUGCUGCUGUGAACAACGGACACAAUCAGAAAGACGACAAAAUCAACGGACUCAAGAACGGAACGAAAAAAGACGACAACAAGACAUUCGCCAACGGAACAAACGGAGCGAAAACACCCAAACCGUCUCCCGCUGAAAUCCAAAGGAGAAUAGCAUCCGCGAGUCCACCUUCCUCUCCCUCCAGAAAUCGUGUAGUGCGCGCUUCCUCUCCUUCCAGAAACGGUGUGCACGUGGCUUCCUCUCCUUCCUCCAUGGCCUCCCACAACGUGUCGUCUUCCAUGACCAUGAUUCAUCCUCAUCUUGCCGCAAUGAAAGGGGAAAAGCUUCCUCCCUCCUCACUCAUCCCCGUCCCAGAAGACGGAACCGCCGAAGACUUUGUACGGACGGUCCUUCUCGAUGUGUCCGAAAAAGCAUCCAUGGAUUCUUCGUCGUCACUCCUGGGUGGGAAUCUCAAUGACAUUAUUUUUGCCCAAGAACAGGAACCCGUCAUCAUGCAAGGUGGAAAACGAAAGAGAAAGAAAAAAAAGAAAAACAAGAAAAAACGACAAAACGGCGCCAAUACUGUUGCGGCCGCGAAUAAUCAUGAGCAACAACCACCAGUGAUAUCGCAUCAACGACGGCGAGACGACAAUAGCAGCAGCAAUGAUAGCACCAGUGCUGGUUCGGGUGAGAGUGGAACUACUGGCAGUUCCUUUGGGAGCGGUUCUGCUGGCAGUUCGUUUGAGAGCAGCAAUACGGCCAGUUCUGCUAGCAGCACUAGCUCCACGGAUGCGGUCGUAGAUGCCGAUGGCUGGGCACUCUCUGGCACAGACAAGAAGAAACAACGAAAGCUAGAGAAAAAGCUGAAACGAAUUGAAGCACGACUUAUACGGCAACUUUUAAACGAACAACAACAACAAGAAGAAGAAGAAAAUGAGGAGUACGAAGAAAGGAAACGAGACAAGAACGAAGAGAGGAAAGAAAAGAUGGAUUAG